UAACUUCCUCUAACUACAAAUCCCAUCAUGCAAAAGGAAAAGGAAGCGGGUGAGAAUUGCGGUUCUGCUGUUUCUAGCUUGCAAGGCGUGCUGGAGAAACCCGAAGACGCAUCUUUGAAUCCACGAUGGGAGCAGAGCCCAGGAGUAAGGGGGAAGCCUCCAACUAGACCCUUCUUGAGGAGGACACCCGUUGGGGCCCGGAGGAGUUGUAAUGCAAGUUUCAAGUCCCCAGUUCCAUGUCCAAGGGCCUCCCCACCUGCCGAUAAGGACACCCUGCAGCGUGAAAUUGAAGAGCUGAAAUGCAAGGAUGUUGCCCUGGAUCAGGAAAUCGCCCAGUUAUCGGCAGAAGGAUACAGCCUGGAGGAAUUAGAAGACCAUAUCACUCUGCUCCACGAAUACAAUGAGAUAAAAGACACGGGACAAAUUCUUUUGGGUCAAAUAGCGAUGAUCAGAGGAGUCACCACAAAGGAGCUAUACCCUGAAUUUGAACUGGACCUUAAUGACUAGAAGAAAUAUGAAUUGAUGCUGCCCCUGGAUUAUCAAAGUUCAUGCCCAAAAUGAUAAAAAACAA